AUCGCGCGUGGGGGGAGCGAUCGAAGUCGGGGGUCGGAGGCCGAUUAAAUGAUCACGGAGGGGGAUCUAUCGCGCACGCGCGCGAGACGAAUCGCGCGUGCGAUCACGUCGUUGCGGGCACCUGAAACGCAGUUUCCGCGAAUCGCUGCUCGGAGAAAAAAGUGCGUGCGCGCGUGCCGCUUCGAUCGCUUGGGAUGUCAGGAUAAGCCAUCGGUGCGCCAUCGAUCCAGGAGUCGUCGCGCUGGUCCGAUGAGAAGACGACGCAGAUACUGGAAGCCCAGCAUCCGCAGAUGCAGCCAGCAUCAUGGAUUCCCACGUCGGACUCGACUACAUCGUGGAUAAUCCUGAUUAUUGCGUCAAGCUCGCCUCAGCGCUGGAAACGGCGUGUCCGUCCGUGAAGAAGCGAGUCGUGGAGCUACUGUCGGCGCUGUGCGUUUAUAGUCAGGAUGGCAGGCAGAGAGCCAUCGACACCCUUCACAUAUAUCAGGAACGGAAGGGCGAGCGUUAUCGAUUGCGAGUCGUGGUCGACGAGCUGCAGAAAGCGACGGCGGAGGAUUACCAGACGUCAUUGCUGGCGUUUAUAAAUUGUUUGGUCAUCUCGACGCCGGUGCUCAAGGAUCGCAUACGUAUUCGUAACGAGUUUAUCGGUCUCAAGCUCUUGCCGAUCCUGAACGAGCUGCGGAAGAGCCACGCGCCGGACGUGAGGGUGCAGCUGAACGCCUUCGAAGAUCAACGGGAGACGGACGAGGAGCUCGCCAAUCACGGACCGCCCGGGAUCGAUCUCUCCUCUCACGUGGACGUCUUUUACGCCAUCCUCGGCCAAGUUGCAGACACUCCGCAGGAGAUACCCUUUCUGAGUGUCCUGCAGCAUCUGUUGCGAUUGGAUCCGAAAGACGCCGCCAGUGAUCUGGCGUGGGACACCGCCGAAACCCUGGUGCAUCGAGCCACGUUGCUUGAGAGUCGCGAGGAUGCCACCAAAUUGCUGAGAUCGCCCAGUCUUCAAACGAAUCUAUGCUGUCACUGCCGCGGCGCCGAUCAGACGUGCGGAACGUCGCGGAAAGCGUCGCUGCCGGCGAACAACGGUUCGACGGGACCCCUGUCACCGCCGCCGCCCCCGCCACCCCCGAUUCCGGCGGCACCCGGUCCACAAUCGAGUGGGAGCGGUUUCGUUCUGCCACCCCCGCCACCACCGCCGUUCUUCGUCAACGUCGUCAACGUCGCCGACGCGCCGAUGGAGCCGCCGAUGCCGCCACCCUUACGCGUGCUCCCUGUCGCGCGCGCGCUCACCCCCGAGCCACCCAGUACUCACGCCAGGCUGCUGCCGCAGCAGGAGAUUCCCGUCCCCAGGACAAAGAUGAAGACCAUCAACUGGAACAAGAUACCCAAUCAUAAGGUGAUCGGCAAACGGAACAUUUGGUCCCUUGUGGCAAACGAGCAUCAGAAUUCGCCGAUGGCGGACUUGGACUGGGCUGAAAUGGAGGGCCUCUUCUGUCAACAAGUACCGCCAUUGAUGCCACCGGCGACCUGCUCAUCCUCGUGCGGCACCGGCGUCGAUGUCGAACGACGCCGUCGAGAACCGACGGAGAUUGCGUUACUCGACGGGAAAAGGAGCUUGAACGUCAACAUCUUCCUCAAGCAAUUCCGAAGUUCGAACGAGGAUAUAAUUCAGCUGAUCAAGGAGGGCGGCCAUGAUGACAUCGGCGCGGAAAAACUGCGUGGACUUUUGAAGAUACUGCCGGAAGUGGACGAGCUCGAGAUGCUCAAGAGCUUCGAUGGCGACAAGUCGAAGCUGGGUAAUGCCGAGAAGUUCUUCCUGCAGCUUAUUCAAGUGCCAAAUUAUAAGUUGCGCAUCGAGUGCAUGCUGCUGAAGGAAGAAUUCGCCGCGAAUAUGAGCUACCUGGAGCCAAGCAUCAAUUCGAUGAUCCUCGCAGGCGAGGAUCUCAUGACAAACAAGCCACUGCAGGAGGUGCUGUACAUGGUUUUGGUCGCUGGAAAUUUCCUCAACUCUGGCGGUUACGCUGGCAAUGCGGCAGGCGUAAAGCUUUCCUCGUUGCAAAAGCUAACGGAAAUUCGUGCGAACAAGCCGGGGAUGAAUCUGAUACAUUACGUAGCAUUGCAAGCCGAGAGAAAACGGAAGGAUCUGCUAAGUUUCACAAAAAACAUGACUGCCUUAGAAGCGGCGACGAAAACGACAAUCGAACAACUUGCCAAUGAAUUUAACACUUUGGACACGAAGAUUAAAAAGAUCAAAGGUCAAAUUCAGCUCUCAUCGACCGAAAGAGAUAUACAGGAACAAAUGGCACAGUUUCUUCAGAUGGCCGAGCAAGAAAUGGCGCAGUUGAAGAGGGACAUGGAGGAACUCGAGGGAGUAAGACGAUCGCUCGCGGAAUUCUUUUGCGAGGACACGAGCGCGUUCAAGAUCGAGGAGUGCUUUAAGAUAUUCCAUCAAUUUUGCCAAAAGUUCAAUCAGGCGAUCGCGGAGAACGAGAGGCGGCGGAUUCAAGAGGAGCAGGUCCUGGCGCGUCGCAAGCAACGCGAGGAACAGCUGUUGGCGAGAAAACGACUGCUGAGCAAUCAAGCGGAGACCCCAGGCUCGGAAUCCGAGUCUAACUUGAUGGACUAUGGGCUAUUCGAUCUUCACACCGGUUUACCUCAGAGAAGUUACAGCCGCGGCGAGGCCAAGGUGAGAAGAUUGCAGAAUGGCGGCGUUACAUCGGACGAGGAUGUCUCCAUCGUUGGAUCACCCAACAUCCGACGUCGUUUAGGAUCCUGCUCAGGCGGUCCCGAUCAACAAUCUACCAAAGAGGACACGUACUCGCCAGAUAUCACACCUAAUGGCACGCUUCGUCGGCGCAGGAGCAGGAUACCCUGCGAGGAUGACGACGGGAAUCUAAUGGACUUUUUGCGAACGUCCGGACAGGACAAUACGCGGGAGAGAAAAUCGUGGGGAAGUUUAGAUCGAUCGUGGGCGCGAAGAGCUCGCGGACAAUCGCGAAGAGGGGACCUUUUGAACGCCGAUUUCUCGGGAGAUCGGGAACGGCCGAGCUCGCCGUCUCCCCUCGCGGAGAGCAAGCCGUUCUUGCAGGAGGAGGAAGCGAAGCCGACCGGGAAAGCCUGGCGACAGAAGAUCGAGGCGUGGUUAUCGGAGAACGAGAAGGAGGAUCGUGCGGGCGAGCAGCUUCAGAGAAAAGCGAAGCAAUUGCACCAGGCGAACCGACGGUCCUUCGAAGACUCGGAAAGCGAAGGCAAAAGCGUGAUGAACACUUCGACGGAAGAUCGAUCCGUGCACGAAGGAGGAUUCUCUGAAGUAUACGAUUGGCGACCGUCCGUCGAGAAAACGGACGUAAUGCGCACGAUGGAGGCCAUUGAAGAAGCUCAACCGCUCUCGUCGCAGGACAAGUCUCCUUGGCGAAAGUCGAGCUUAAACGUACCAAGUAGUAUGGAAGAAACUGAUCCACGUUAUUCCCGUAGACUUAGGUCGAGACACAAUACGGAGAACGCUCUUGUCCCGAGUACACUGCAGGCGAUCAGAGAAGAGGACAGGAAGAAGAACAAGAUCAGCGAUACUCUGAAUACAGACACCCAAGACGAGUUGACGAUCUAUCUUCGGCAACCUUACACCGGAUCGCAAGCUCCUGCAACCCGGCGCUUCUCGAAGCUGGGCAAGAGAAGCGCAGAUGAGGAACGAAUCAGUGAUAAGAUCGAGAUUGAUUCGGAUAAUAUCGAGACGCCACCGGCGACCAGGCGACUGUUUAGUCCUCCGAAGGAGGUGAAACCCGUGGAGAAGGAGCCAUGCAAAAGAGAACGUUGCAACAGCUCCCUACAGAGUCGAGAAAUGAAGUCUGCCAUCAUGAAACCCAUCAGCGCGGAUCUCGGUACCGGCAACUUUGACAGGUAUUCAGCGACGCGACGUACCCGUAGAUAUAAGAAGACUCAGGAUCCCGUAAGUGACAAGGAUAUGUCAAGUCCCGAGUUGGUCUGCGACGAGAAACCGGCGGUGCAGCGGCCCAGCACCCUCGCCCUGGCCGACGAGGGUACGCGUGAGGACGAGGAUGCUAUGCUGCGCAUCUGGCAGGACAAGCUGAAGCGGCGCGACAUCAUUGCCUCGUCAUCGUCACGCGACAUCGACGCCGCGUUGGCGGAGAUCGCGCGCUCCGGCGAGGAUCUGCAGCGUCUAUCGACGACGACGACGACGACGGAGACGACAACAACGACGACGAGCCACAGAAACUCGAGAUUGCCGAUCAGCCAGCCACCGCCAGUGGUGGCGGUGACCAACACCGUGUUGAGCCCGGUGAUGCAAGAGUCGCGACCGCGCGAACCCGUCACUGUACUUAUCGAACGAGCGGUAACGAGUCGCGAGCGUCAUCGGAGUAUGAUUGAUCCGAGUCAGGUGAAGGAGGCCGUUCGUUUGACCAGCAAUCCGCCUAGCCAGGUAAACCAGGAGCAGGAAGCAUCGAGCAGGAGCUUCCGAAGCGAGAGCUCGCUUCACGAGCGAGACGACGCGUCCAGAAUCAUGGAAGACGAGAAGCGCACAGGAGACCCGAGGAACGUCGCAGAAAACCUCGAGAAGGACAUCCGAUCCGCGAACGAUCCUGGCGAUCGAUCGCUGAUGACGCGACAGAACUCCAUGUUCCGCAGUAGAUUCAUCCCCGAUAUAAACGUGACGUCGUCGCCACCGUCAUCCGGCAAAGUCACCCGAGAUCAGGAGCUGAACGACGAAGGUUUCGAAGAGACGCAGAGCCUCGUUUCGGAGACCCUGAGCCAGGAGACGUCCUCGGGCAAUUACGAGACGGACACGCACGACUCGACGCGAUGCUCACCAGCGGAGCUGAGCUACGGCGGAGAACAGCGCCGACGUAGCAUCACGAUGACGAUGGACGACGACGACUUGCACGACCGCGGCAAUAGAAGAUCCUUGUCCGUCGACAAGUUAUCGAAACCGACGUCGGGCAAGGUUUUCAGCAAGAAAGAGACCGCAAGAAAUGCGUCGGAAAAAUCAAGUUUCCUGCCAACACGUGCUGCGGGCGUGAAGCGUGAGUCCACGUUAAGGAAGACCGAGUCCCUGAAGAAGCCUUCGAACGUCGCUCUAUCUUUGUCGGGUAAUCCAGGAGCUCUGUCAAAAAACGAAGUGCAACGUUCCGGUUCCAGGAGCAGCCUGCGCAGCUCGCGAAGCUCCCUGAACAGCGCGACGUCCGUGAAUACGGUACGUAAUCUGGCCGCGAAUCACGCGCAUCUGCGUAACUACACCUCGGCCAUCCGUGCGCUCACCAACGACCUGAGGAAGAGCAGCCCGUCGAGCAGUCCGCUACCGCCGAAGAACGUCGUCGAUAAGAGACGGCCGAGUCCUCGUCAGGUUGGCGUCAGCAGGAUACCCGCCAGCAGAAGCAGCAGCAGCGGCAGCAGCGUCGGACCGACAGCGAGAAGCCUUCGAAAGACAGCGGAGAUAACGCCUGACAUACCAAAGGUCACGAGGGGUCGACCCAUCACCUCGCGUAGCAGCAGCAGCGGUAGCAGCAUCGGUCAACAAUCGAUCAUAGGAAAUCGAUCUGCCAGUACGAGGAGUAAAUUGAUCCAACCGCGAACCGAGUCGAAGAGUCACAGCUUCAUGCGACCUACAGCUGCCAGUGUCAACAAGGGUUCUAUACAGAACCUUCCGAAGAGUAUCAAGGCUAUGGUCAAAUGAUGUCUCUCUUCGACGAGAAAAUGAACCGUAUCUGUAACAUUGCCGAAAGAAUUUAGAGAAAGUCUAUUCGCUUAACAAUUACAAUUAGAAAAGUAACAAAUCAAGCAGCGUUAUAUAAAAUCAGCGAAUGUUUGACAGCCAAACAGCUGAUCGACGGUACCGUUAACGUUAUUGUAGAAUACGGAGCCCGCAGGAUUAGAUAAUGAAGAUUAUUAUUAUUGUUCUCGCUUAUAUACUACGUCGUCACAGUGUUAAGUCAAAAUAAAUAAGAUUAUUAUAGUUUAUUACGCCACUACCACACCAAACAAUGCAAGUUUCUCGAUUCAAGAGAAAGAUAAUCAAAUCUAUUUCCAGCUUUAUCACGCGCGACUUAAGUUUUUUUAUGACCAAGGAAACUUUAAGGAACGCCCCGAUCUUUAUGUUUGACGCCAAAUUGCGGGAGUUUUCCUUUUAGUACCCUAGAAUAUAUUUAUAAAAUUAUGUGUAACAUAUUCGCGACUAAUGUAAUACAUAUGAUAUAUUGUAAUUCUCUCUUAUACACCGCGUUAACACAAAGAUAAAUAUUAUAUAUUGUAGAAUAUAAUGUGUGUCCGACACAAUAAAUUAACAGACAUUUA